AUGAACCAUCUCAAUGCCAUUCAAAGGGUGAAGGAUAAAAUUUUAGAGCUUGUGGCUAUUAAUUUUCUUACUGUUAUGAAUUUUAAAAUCUGUUAUGAUGUUAGCACCACUUUAGGGAUUAAUUGGGAGAGAACUCCUUCUACUAUUAAUGUUAUCUAUUGGAUAAAGCCUCCUCCUAAUUUUUAUAAACUGAAUGUUGAUGGUGUUCUUUCUGAGUCUUUGGCUGGUUAUGGUGGUCUCAUUCGAGACAGCAGUGGUCAUCUUACUGUGGCCUUUGCGGGGUCGGUUCCUAAUGGUAAUGCUGAUACUACUCUUCUUGCAUCUAUUCUUUAUGAUGGGGAGGAUGUGUGUUGCAACCCAAAUCUUUCUUAUAAUGUUAGGGAAAUUAAAAGGCUAUUGUUGUUUAUGAAUUCGUCUUUCUACCAUGCUAGAAAGGGUGGUAACUCUUGUGCCUCUUGGCUUGCUAACUGGGUUUGUAGGCUUAGCUAUUUUACUGAUGUCAUUCAACCUUCUAUUCCUGAACCCUUUAAUGGAUUGCUUUACCAUGAUGCUUGCGGGGUUCUUUAUGUUGUUCCUUAA